AGAGUAGGUCGGGAGGUAGUUGCUGUGGUUCCGUCCUAAGGUGGCCUCCUGGGAGUCAAAGCUUGCGGACGGAGCGUUCCGCAUCAAGGUACAUCCGUCGGUGGCUGCAGACCGCGAGGUCAGGAGUUCAGCGUCCCUUCUCCUGACCAGGACCAGUCCCCUUCUUUACCUUCGCCACUCAGUGCUCGUAUCUACUCAGGGGCCUAGCUCGGCUCCCGGGCGGCUGAGAAGAAGGCCGCCAGCGAGAUGUUCAAAAACACAUUCCAGAGCGGCUUCCUCUCCAUCCUCUACAGCAUCGGCAGCAAGCCCCUGCAGAUCUGGGACAAAAAGGUGCGGAAUGGCCACAUCAAAAGAAUCACUGAUAACGACAUCCAGUCCUUGGUGCUAGAGAUUGAAGGGACAAAUGUCAGCACCACAUAUAUCACAUGUCCUGCAGAUCCUAAAAAGACACUGGGAAUUAAACUUCCUUUCCUUGUUAUGAUUAUCAAAAACCUAAAGAAAUAUUUCACCUUCGAAGUACAAGUGUUAGAUGACAAGAAUGUGCGUCGGCGGUUUCGGGCAAGUAACUACCAGAGCACCACCCGGGUCAAACCCUUCAUCUGUACCAUGCCCAUGAGGCUGGAUGAUGGUUGGAACCAGAUUCAGUUCAACUUAUCAGACUUCACCCGGCGAGCAUAUGGCACAAAUUACAUUGAGACCCUAAGAGUGCAGAUCCAUGCAAACUGUCGCAUCCGACGGGUUUACUUCUCAGACAGACUCUACUCAGAAGAUGAACUGCCGGCAGAGUUCAAACUGUAUCUCCCAGUUCAGAACAAGGCAAAGCAAUAACCGGAAUACAACUCAAGGGAUAGCCCCUGGAUGUGACUAAGUUUAAAAAGGAAACUAUCUGGAGGACAAUGCAAAAAACAUUUAUAUUCGUUCACUGUGCUAUGGUUCUUUUAUUUACUACUUGGUGUCCUUUGUCGUGGACACCAGGGACCAUGCCAUAACUUCAUAAUUGCAUUGUAAGUGCAGUGAGAGAUAAAUAGUCCUCUGAGUGAUAGGUGAAUGCUGGAAUUUAUCCUGCUGCCUGCCCCAGUGUGUGGGGAGAUACAUUUACAUGAACUUACAAAAUUAAAGAUGUCCUAUAAGGUAGUUUCAGACCAAUAUUUCUUCCUACGGUUUAUUCUUUGUUUUGUAUACUAAAUGUAUGUAUAUGCUGUGUAAUGAUCACAAUCUGGAAAUGAAUAAAAUGUU